AUUCAAAAUCAAGUUAUGAAACCAUCAGCACGAAUGUUGAUGAUUGGCGUUAUAAUUGAAUAAACGUCCUGCGGUUUUGCUCAAAUGCUUUUACUUAUUUAUUUCGUAUUCAUCUGAGGUUUAUUAACCUUGACGAUGGCGGGGAGUAAUGUUCGACUAAAAUGUUGUACAAUUUGCCGGCUUCUCAAAGGCUUUUUAUUAUUAAGGAGAGAAUUAACUUCACCUGUUUGAACAUCAGUCUCUAUAGAGUUGCUCAGCAGCGAAAAUGCUUUUCACGUAUAAUGGCGCUCUCGAGCCUUCGGUUGUGAAAGUCAGAAAAUCAGAUCAAAACCUUCUCCCUGACGAGACUAACAAGGCGACAACAGGUGGUUUCAAUCUGUGGUAAACCAUAGUUUAGUUGACGAGUCGCCAUGACGGGGCCUGCUUACGCCCCGCAGCCGAACGAUGCGACUGGAGAAGAAAUGACAGGCAGUGCAUCGGAUAGUCUCCUGGCAAGACUUUCAUCCAGCCCUGCCCCCAGCGGCAUGCCGUUGUCUAUGUCAGAAAUUGAGUUUGAUGAAUCAAACGACACGAGUUCAGACUAUUUUUAUGAUGAACACCUAAUAAGAGUGGUUAACAUCACAUCUUUCACUUUCUACGGAUUCAUCAUCACUAUCGGCCUGAUUGGGAACCUAAUCGUCAUCUUCAGUAUACUUCGUACAUACCGUCGAAUCUCUUUCACAUCGAUGAUGCUGUGUAGUCUGGCUGUAGCCGACCUCCUAUUCACAGCCGUCUUCAUCCCGAUACAGCUCUAUACCAGUUACCACUCGAGUUGGGGUUUUGGUUUCUUCGGAUGUUACCUGAUGGCAUUCCUCUGGUUCCUUGGGCCGGCUUCCUCGGCUAUGAUGCUGCUUGUGAUUAGCGCUGAAAGGUACAUCGUUAUCAUCCACCCGCUACAGGCUAAAGUUUUCCUUACGAAAAAGAUGGGACUAAUUAUCGUAAAUGUGACGUGGCUAAUAGCGAUUCUAUUGUCAUUAGUUUCGAUCCCAUUCACAACGUAUAUGCAGUAUGAUGUCGAGGGAGAAACUUUCAAUCACUGCAAUCGGCAAACAUCAACUUAUACUGGAAAGGUACUUAAAAUAUUCUUCUUCGUCGGUGUGCUAUAUGCCCUCCCCCUGUUUGGUAUGUUCUUCUGUAACAUCCGGGUUAUUAUCACUCUCCAUCGUAGCAGCCGUGUCACACGAACCAUGCAAAGUAUAAAUCUUUCAAAGUCCAGCUGCACUAACAACGGCGUCCGCAGAACGACCAGUUACAGCGCAGCAAGACCUAGCUGCGGUAUGGAAUCGGAGAUCAGCACGGUGGUGUCACACGGGGGUAUGAGCAACGGGGCGACUGGUGAUGCAGCAUCCAACCUGAAAGGCGGUGGGAAACGUAAAAGUAGGAUGCAUUCGACAUUGCAAGAGAGAAAGAGGGUGAUGGUUCUUCUGGGCAUCUUAGUUGUAACCUAUGCCGUUCUGUGGGGACCUCUGAUGGUUUUACUGAUACUCGGUCUUCACGUGGAAAUCGACGACACAGUCAACAGCCUCCUCUCUAUUGCCUUUCAUCUCCUCGCCAUGUCCAACAGCGCUUUCAACCCCCUGGUCUACGCUCUCAUGUCACGAAGCUUCAGGAAAAUCAUCAAGAACGCAUUCACCUUAUGUUGCAGUCGCAUGCCGUCACCGCGGCUACAGCUGCGAAAUUACCGCUUCACGUCGACGCGUGACCGCGGUUCGAGCCUGUCUUCAACGCAAAUGACUCAGUUCUCAAUGCGUUCUAUCAAUAACGCGGACUCUUUGAAACGUUCUAAUGGAGCGAACCCACAUGGGUAUAUAUACCUCCGUAAUAACAACGUCCACUAAUAAAAGCAUGAAUAAUUGACUCAAAUUUGGACAUGUUGUAUAGCUUCUCUUAUUGAGUAUUCAUCUUAUCUUUAAACGGAACUUUGCAAUACCCUUGAAUAUUUUGAAGAUAAUUCAAAGACAUCUACAAAAAAAUGAUAAAAAUCGGUUGUUCUUAUCAGGUAUCUACUCCAACAUGUCUAAUUAUUUAAUGAGAACGGAUUAACAUGUUAAGAUUCACGAAAUAUAUUUAUUAUUUAUAAAUAUCCUACUUGUUUUAUUCGAUGUAGGCCUAACUAAGUUAUCUUUAUUCGUUCGCCAACUAUCAGAACCAAACCAACUCAUACGGCGGGUUGAGUUUAACCUCUUUCGGCAUGUUCGGGUAGAGAAACGGCAUGUUGGGAUUAUUCAUGUCACACUUAAUAUGAUCAAGUUAUUUAAAAACAAUAUUUUUCACGUCAAGAAAGCGCUCCAACAACCGGGAAAUAUAAACAGAUAAGAGAAUCCAGAAAAAUUGAAAUAAUAUUAUAUAACCCACACACAUCUUGAACGUGUUGAAAAGGCGUAUUAUCUUUAUAGUUCGUGAUUAAUCUUAAUUGAUUUAUUUAUUGAUAUAUUGAUAAAUCUGUUGUACAUAAUAUUUUUACAUUCUAAAUGUUUUGAGUGUCUUUCAAGUUAUUGCUGCACGCAGCAUGUAAAUAGUCAUCUCUAACUUGUCUAAUGUUUGUUACUUUGUCGGUGCAACGAUAAUAUUCACCAUUGUCUAUAUUGUUUAAUCUACGACAAUAAACAUGAUAAAAACAAUUAUCAUCCAUACCAUUCUUGUGCGAAAACAAAAUUGUGUUAUUAAGAUCAUUAAACCACCGAGACGAUUAGCCGAAUUCUCAUUUUACUAUAAAUAAUUGAAUAACAUUAAUGAUAAUGUGCAAGUUUGAUUAAUUACAUAUUGUAUCGUUCUGUAACAGUCUGUUUAUAGUUGAAGAUGAUUUUUUUUUCAAGUAACGUUAACUUGAGGAUGCUCGUUUAAAUAUUUCGUUUGAAAUUUCUGUUAAAUCAAAUUCAUACAUGUAUCACCGGGUUCUAGGAUAAUUGCCCUCCGAUGAUAAUUUCCCCGGACAAUUUCCCCCUGAGGACAACUAUCCCCCGAGGACAAUUACCCCCGGACAAUUACCCCCUGGACAAUCACCUCAUAGGACAAUUACCCCCCCCCCCCGGACAAUCCUCCCGAGUACAGUUACCCCGAGGUCAUUUACCCCCAAGGACAAUUACUCCAGAGGACAAUAACACCCUGGACAAUUACCCCCGAAAAAUUAUCCCCGGACAACUAUCACCAAGGAAAAUCACCCCCGGAAAAUUACCCCCCCCCCUCCGGCAUCGAUGUUAGAAUCAAGCGGGACCCAUUGUAAGUCUUGGCCGGUGGCACAGGUUUUUGAAAUAUUUUCUACUUUAUCUUAUCACAAUAACUGUCUAUUUCUGUUUCUCUUUUAUAUUGCUCCCUUUCCUCUCUCUCUCGCACUAUCUUCUUUUUCCCAUCCCCUUUUAUUUUGGUUUAGCGUCGCCUUCUGCGUCAUGAAAAAUGGGGGGGGGGGCUUGUGCCCCAAACCUCCCCGAAUCAGAGACAAAUAGGUUCCGAAUUUACCGAUAUUCGGGCAGAAUCAGUCCGAAUUUAUUCGGGAGAACUCGGUUUUGGUGCAACCCUAGCUAUAUGUUUUGACAUUGUUCGCGGCUCACGUGAAAUCUGCACUUCAAGGAGAAUUUUGUGGGUCUCUGGAAAUUUCAUUUACUUAUCUAACUAAAUCCUUUUAAGGUCUGUACAUUAUACCUCAAUGAUGUGGUACAUUACAAUCUUUUUAGAUGUGUUGAAUUCGAUCAAAAUCAGGAUUAACAAUAUUGUGUAUAUCAAUGCAAUUACAAUGUGACGUUUACCCGUGAUUUCUGUACAUAAAGCUCAUAACUUCUUUACAGUAAACAAGGUCUGUUGCAAUAACUCAAUCGUUAUUUCAUAUCGACUUUGCACUUUUCAAUCAUGCCAUCAGCAUGAUCAAUGGGGAUAAAGCAUGUCUUGAUUUGUAUCUGAGUCAAGUAAAUAAUCAGUUUUCACGGGCCCGCAUACGAUGGGGUUUUUUAUUCUGUGUGGUGAAAAAAAAAUCAUAUUUUUUAUAGCUGGGGUUCCAAACCUUUCAUAAGCGAGUGCGAUGGUCCUUUGGGUAUUUCAAAUCGUUUCAAUUUAGAAAGAAUUUCCACAGAUUUUUACAUUUGUUUGACAAACUUCAUGAAACGUUUUGCUCUAUUUUGUUGGCGUAUCCGUGAAAAGACAUCUUAAUAAGUAAAAUAUUCAAAAUUACUGGCUCUUAAACAGGCAUUAUAUACCGUCCUCACGGGUCUCUAAUGUACAACAAAACUGCACAAAUUAUUCGUGAAAACGUGCAAAAAGAAUUGUAUCUGUUUCAACGCGACUGUAUCCCAGUCGUAGCCUGAUAAUGAACGAGUUGUAAAAUAUAUUUAACAUUUCUAUUUUAAGAA